AUGGUCCCAAAAGAAGAGGCGCAGUGCUUGGGGAUUGUCCAACUGCUCCUGCACUUCCAGUGGACAUGGGUUGGUCUCGUCGCUCCAGACACUGACAAUGGAGAGAGGUUCAUGAGUGCCUUGAAACCUCUGCUGAUCCACAAUGGAAUCUGUGUUGCCAUUUCAAAGAGAGUCCUCAAGACGACGCCGUACGACCGUGCCUCGUUCCAGGUGCACCGAGAGCUGUCACGUUGGAUAUGCCAAAGAGACUCAGGAAGGAAAGCCGAUGCCAAGGAAUGCACCAAAUGUCCAGAAGAUCAGCAUCCAAACAAGGAGCAAGAUCAAUGUGUCCCCAAAAUAUUCACUUUCCUAUCCUAUGCAGAAUGUUUGGGGAGCCUCCUAUCUUCCUUUGCCCUCUUCUUAUCCUUAACCACUGGCCUUGUGUUUGGAAUAUUUAUUAAAUACAAGGAAACUCCCAUAGUCAAAGCCAACAACCGGGACCUCUCCUACAUUCUCCUCUUCUCCCUCCUGCUCUGCUUUCUGUCCUCUUUCCUCUUCAUCGGCCGGCCAAGGAAAGUCACCUGUCUUCUCCGACAAAUGGUCUUCAGCAUCAUCUUCUCAUCUGCCAUCUCUUCUGUGUUGGCAAAAACCAUCACGGUGGUGUUGGCCUUCUUGGCCACCAAGCCAGGGAACAGGCUGAGGAAAUGGCUGGGGAAGACUCUGGCCAACUCCAUUGUCAUUUCCUGUUCCACUGUCCAAGUUGUCAUCUGCAUCACCUGGCUAGGACUUUCUCCCCCAUUCCCGGACUCUGACAUGAGCUCCCUAGCUGGAGAGAUCAUCUUGCAAUGCAACGAAGGCUCUGUUGCCAUGUUUUAUUCUGCCCUCGGCUACAUGGGCUUCCUGGCUGCCAUCUGUUUCACAGGGGCUUUCCUAGCCAGGAAAUUGCCUGGGGCUUUUAAUGAAGCCAAGCUGAUCACCUUCAGCAUGCUGGUCUUCUGCAGUGUUUGGGUGUCCUUUGUUCCCACCUACCUGAGCACCAAGGGGAAAUACAUGGUAGCCGUUCAGGUCUUCUCCAUCUUGGCCUCCAGUGCUGGGCUUCUGGGCUGCAUCUUCAUUCCCAAGUGCUACAUUAUUAUACUGAGGCCAGAUCUGAACACGAAGAAGCACUUGAAAACAAUAAGCUAA